CAGAAAUACUAAUCAUCAUAUGCUAAUUGAAUCAAAAAAUUAUUCAAUAAUUUUAUUUUGAUCAUAUUUGAGGACAUUGAACAUUGUUUUGCUUUACAAGCCACAAUGAAGUCCAAUGAAGGAAGUUUGAAAGAGCUUGCACUAGAAGGAAGAGUAACUGAGAUGUUUAUUGAUCUCAUGUUGCCUCCACGAAAUUCUAUGGAACCAAGAGCUUCUGACCUCUUAUUGGAUGCCCUAAAGCAAAUGGAUUCAAAUCUUUCAACAAUAUCUUCCACAUUGAAGGAUGUUUUAUUACAUCUAACCAACUCAUCAAAACAUAAAACAAUGUAUGAAAAUCAUAACAAUGAUGACCUUCCUACAAUGCUUACACAUUCUCAUGAAAGAGAUAUAGAAUUCUAUACUGAUUAUGAAAGAAUUGGGAAGUAUGAUAUUAUCAAUGUAUUCUUUAAUUCAGUUUCAAAACUAGAUUUUGAUAGGAUACAUGCAAUUUUAAAAGUUAAACCUGGGAUAGUAUUUGAAAUGGAUGAUCGACAACGAACAGUGUUAAAUGCAGCUGUUAUUGCAAAUUCUGAAGUAAUGGUUCGAGACAUUAUCAACACAGCUUUCAGAAUUUGUGAACAAGCAUCCAAAAUGCAACAACUUUUGGAAGUAAUAGACACUGAAUUUUCAAUAAAUGCCUAUCAAAUUGCAACAAUUAAUGGGAACCAAAAUAUAAUAGAUAUUUUGGAAGGAGCAAAGAAUCACUUAGUAACAAGAACAACUACUUUGUAUGAGUUUGAAAAUGCAUUCAUUCCAACAAAGCAAUAUUGGAGUACCAAAUCUAUUGAUGACAUGAGCAAAGCUCAUUCCAAUUUAAAAUACAUAAGAGAAUUAGUCAACCCAAUAUUAAAACAAGUCAAACAAGGUACUAAUUGGAAUUGGUAUGAAAGACUACAAUUCAAGGUCCUUCAAGCACAAUGUCAUUUAAUAGCCAACGAUAAUGAAUUAAGAAACCAACAAUCUAAAAUGUGGGGGAAUGAAUACGUUUUACAUCAAUUAUUUGGAAGUCUACUUAUAAGUGAUGAAGGGAUGCAUCUUUUUAAAGAUAUUUGCAAGUGCUUAAAAUCCGAUUUUUUACAAUAUAUAUUAUGUCUUUGGGAUAAUAGUGGUAGAACCCCUUUACAUGUUUUAAUUGACAACUUUGAUGUCAAAGACUAUCAAAUUAAAACCAUUCUUGAGAUUAUAGAUUUCCAUUGCCCAAAUGUAUUGGACUUCAAUAUAGGAGAUGUUGCAAGUAGAACCUUGUUCUUCCGUGCGGCUUCAAUUGGUAACCAUGUUGCCAUUAAAGUACUUGCCGAAAAUUCAAAAAAAAAUUUGAAUAUUGGUAGUCUAGCUAAAGGCCAUGAGGUCCCAAGACAUAGAAGUGUUGUGAAAUUACAUGCAUCCAUGAGUGUUACGCCACUUCAUAUUGCGGUGUUUCACAAUCACCACCAUGUUGUUGAAGUAAUGCUACAUGCCCUCAAAGUCCAACAACAUAUUAAGUUUUAUAAAUCAAGCACUUCUAAACUUGAUUUAAAUAGAAUGUGUGAACAUGUCCAAUACUCUUUCAAAUUCACUCCAUUCCAAUUAGCGGCAUUUAAGGGCUAUACCCAAAUCAUCCAAUUACUAUUGAAGACAAGUGCGUGGUCGGGUGUGAGAAAGGGAUGGGAGCUAUACAGUCCCAGAUACCGGCGCUGCAUUUAGCGGCGGCGGGUGGGCACCCUGCAGCGGUACAGAUGUUGCUAGCCAGCGACAGAAUCGACCCGUUCGCGGUGGAUCAGCAGGGCAACACCGCCUUGCAUUACGCCGCCAGGGCCUUCGACGACGAAUUCCACGAGAUGCGUUGCCUCACGCCCGUGGAUUAUGUGAGCAUGCACCAUUUUCGCCACAAACCGCCGCACAGAACGAAACCCUCGUUCGAAGUAAUCGGAUGCAUGGAGCUGCUACUGCAAGCGGGGCUCGACAUGAACCAGCAGAACGUGGAUGGGUGUGCCCCGGAAUUGAGUGGGAGAACUCCAGAGCCAGUGCGGCAAUGGUGGUAUGAGAAGUUCACGAAGCAAACCCAAGAGCAAUUGCAAAACAUUUUCGCCACAGCGAACGCAGUGUCUAUCACCGCAGCGCUGGUCGCCACCACCUCGUUCGCGGGGCCCUUGCGGCCACCGCUCGGGUUCACCCAAGACGUUCACCCAGAUUGGCUGAAUGGCUACGGCCAGUUCUCCCACCCCACCGUCGAGGCGUUCUUCUUCUGCGACAACUUGACGUUCUAUUUAUCCAUGACGUCGAUCAUCCUCAUUCUAAUCCCUUACUUGCCCGUCGCCCACGAGGGUAUCCUCCGCGAAAUCCACGUCGCGAAGAAGAGCGUGCAAGCGGCCGUAGUUGUGCUCUUCAUAUCCAUCGUAUUCCUCAUUGCGGCGUUUUUCUGCGCUGCGCUGUCCAUCGUGCCGAAAGAUCGCUGGAAGUAUAAGUCCCUCACGGUCCUGACGACGGGCAUCGGCAAAGCCCUUAUCAAACGGAUGAAUAAGCAAAGUAUGCAUCCGUCAAAGGACAGAAUAUUCCAGACUUUGGAGGCUGAUGGGAAUGAUUCUGGUUGGAACCCUUCAACAGGGGGUUCCGUCGAUGCACUCUAG